AGAGUUUUCCAACUGGAGUCCAGUCGAGGUGUCACUGGAACUGGAAGUGUUUUCAGUGGGACACAGUGGUUGUUCCCUCUUCUGGGUUUUGUCUUAGACUCCAUUCUGGCUGGUGUGUCACUGGACCUUGCAUGGUAAAAGGAGGAGGAGGAAUGACUGCAGACACCAGAGUUAUAACUGAGGCUGGGGGGAGGUUUUGCUUGUUAAGGACAAGCAGAAUUUCAAUUUUUAUUCUCAGAAAUGAAUAUUUAAGUUGUGGGUUUUUUGGUUGCUCUGAAGUUUAGCAUUUUGAAUGCUUAAAAAGCACUGGGAAGCAGUUGUUUCAAUUCCUAGAAUACAAAGAAACAGGGUUGAUAAUCCCAAUAGUUAUUUGGGGUAUUCACCUAGGAUCUUGGAACUGAUGCCAUCAACAACCUUACAAGUGCUUUAACUGCCUGCCUAGGGAAAUGCCUGAAAGGGUCUUGAAAACCUCUAGCAGAAGAAAUCUGCUCUGUGGAAUAGUUUUGCAAAGGUGAUCAAAGAGGGGUUGAGAUGUUGAAGGCACUUGCCCUGCUGAUAGACUGGAAUCCAGUCUGUCUCACAAGGAAACUGUGUUUAUGCAAAGAGUUUGUCAGUAAAAGACUUAAGCACAGUCCCAGGAAAUCCCACAGCCUGGCAGUUAAAUUGUUCUGGGAGAUGGCAGAGGGUGGAUUCAUUCCUAUUUAUGCAGAAGGAAUUGGAUUGUGCUCUCCUACUUUCUGGGUGAGUAAACAAACUCCUAAGCUACUGCAUAGAAGACAUAAUGCUACCAGUGUAGUGACUCCAGUUCCCCAGUGUAUUUUUCUAGCUGAGACUGGCAAGUUUGACCCUGAUUCAGGAUUUCUGGAAUGGCUGUAAUAUGGUAAUUUUGGUAAACUUACUACAAAAAAAACCCCACCAACAACCCCAACCUCCCUGUUUCUUGCUAAAGCCCUUGCAGAACAAAAAUGUAUUUUCUGUGUUCAUUUACACAGAUCCAGAAAAGAAGAGAGAGAAAAAAUAUUAUGCAGCUUAUCUGGGAUGGAGGCAGGUGAUCUUUUCCUUCUUGCAGAUGUUCCUAGUUACAUGCUUAAUGCUGAGUAUGCUAUAACCUGGCAUAGGAAAGUCCUGUUUGGCCAAGUUUGGUUCUCUGCCAGAACUUGUUUAUCGUCUUCCUAAGUCCAGACGCUGUCUUCUUUACUGUGUACACGUUGUCAGAAAAACAAAACCCAAUAAACCAAACCUACUUACAAUCUUAUUUUCCUCAUUCCUGAAACCUCCUAACCUGGUUGACUUGUUGGAGUGCAUUUCAUGCAUUCUUAGCAGAUAGGCUGAAGGGAACGCCUAGUUCACUGGCAGCUGGAGGCUAGAAAGCAUGUAGGGAGUUCAUGAACGGUGCUUGUCUCCUGCAGUCACUGCAGAGUGCUCAGAACCUGCUGAGGGAAGGAUCCCAGCCUGCUGGGAGAUGGAUCCCAACCUGCUGGGCACAGCAUGACUUUUCUGUGUCUGGAAACCUUACUGGUGGGACACUGCGUGUGACAGGGAGUUAAGGUAGGAGAAUUCAAUGAUAAUUUUAACAUCUGUUGGAUGACUUUUAAAAAUGUUUCCUUAUUUGAAAGAUACUUGAUGAAAGAGGAGGCCUGCUUGCCAAAUUAUUGCUUAAUCCUUGGGAAGUGGAAAUGAUUUUUUUUUUUUAAAACUGGUUUGGCCGGCAUGAAAUAGAGAUCAGAGUUCCCUGUCUGGUGCUGCAGUGAUGGGAAAUGAAUGCUAAUAGCAAUGGUGGGGAAUGUGAAAAAUACUGCAAGAAUUGUCAUUGUGGUGAGCCGUCAGCAACCAUGUCUCUCAAGCCUGUAUUGACCUCGUCCACCUGAAGGACAAAUAACUCGGGCAAUUACGUGCACUGUUUUGCCAUAAUUAACCCAGUCUCAGAGUCAUGUGGGCUGAGCUGAGUCUGUUUCCUCCUGAGCUCCACUUGGCAGACACAACUUGGAAGGAUUUCUGCCUUUUUUUGCAGACUUCCUGCUGGAAGAUGGAAGAAUGGGAAUUCAGGUAAUGAAGACCACAGUGCUCCAACCCUAAGUCCUGACUCUUGUGACAUGAGGUUCCUCAUGUGCACAUGAUCAUUAAGAGAUAACCCAGGUUAUAUCCAGUCUUCGUAUGCCUGCUUGCUGGAAAGCACAAGAGGUUUUUAAGGGAAAUGAGGAAAAAAAAUAGCUAAGUGUCCAUUCUUUCUUGUAGCAUUGUGACUACUGUGGUGACAAUCCAGACAGGCACAGCAGUGCUGCACACCGAUAAACGGUGCGACAGAGCUUACAGUUAAUGAGCAAGUGAAGCAUGUUAAUGAAGUGGUACAAAGACACAAAGGCUGGCUUGCACUGAGAGAGGAAAAACAGACCUCUGGGCCAGAGCUAAUGCUGUGUAAAUUGUACCUUGCUGUGUGGUGGUGGAGCAGUGUAGGAAGAGCUGGUUUCCUGCUUGCUGUCAAGAUGGCCUGAUCUAGCCCUUUCUCAGUCAGUGGGGUUGUUGAUGCCCUUGCCAAGCUUCUGCCACUUGGGCUGGGAUUUGCCAUGAUUGCAAAUGUUUGCCUCCAGCUGAGCAACCAGAAAGUUUCUGAACCUCAACCGUGGGUUGCUUUCUAAAAUAAGACUGGGGAAAACAGUGUCUCUUCCUGUGCUUGAAGUGCUUCCAGCUGUUUGGCUUGGUUGUGCUCAUUCCUGUGCCCCUUGUGGGCCUUGGGAAGGUGCCUGUAAACCAGGAGGAAGAUUUUUCAGUUUAAGCUUUCUAUGUUUGAGAAAGUUGGGUUAGUUUUAAAGUUCUGAAAUAUUGCUUUCUGAAUCGGCUGUUAGUACCCCCUUGCAUGUCCUAACUGAUGACCAACCUGCACGUGCCAAAUCCCCACCACUGUGUUUAGGUGGACAAGAGGUUGGAUGCAAGAAGGGAAAACAACAGAAAUCCUAGAAAUGAGGAGAUCUUGAGUUUGAACAUAAAUUAGAAGUUGAUGACUGGGAUUAGGGCUGGCUGAGCAAGGAGCCACAAAAGGGGAAUAACUGAACAAAUCGUAUGGGGGGUAGAGGCAGCAAGCAAAGCUAGACAUGGAAGCAAAUGAUAAAUGUGGGCCAGAAGUUUUUAGGUGGAAGGUUAGGCAUAAAAAGGGGGAUAGAUUCCAGCUGGAGAACUGUAAUUCUCAUAUCUCUUAAUGUCUGAAUACCUGGCUUGGCAGCCUGAGCAGUCUUUUAAUGUGUAAGAAAUAGUGAGAGACCAUUUGUAGGCAGAUACCUCACAGUACUCAUUGAGACAUAAAUGAGUGCAAUGUUUCUUAGGAAGGUUAGGAGGGGUUUAUGAUUAGAAAAGAAAUCAGAUAAAUGUGCUGAAAUAGGUUAAGCAACACUGUAUUGCUGGGUUAGUUGGAUGGAAACACAAAUGUAGUGUUUAAUAACUGGUAAUCAGCCAAAUGUUUCCCUGGUCUCUGAAAAAGAGCAGCCUUCUUUUUGCUACCAAGGUAAAACAUUGAUGCUGUGUGGUGUGAUGAGCUGGCAGUGAGACUCAGAAAUGGAGUGGAACCAGCAGGCACUUUUCUCUGCAUCCAUGGCCUAAGUGUUGCUAAAUAUUAUUUUGAUUACAGCAGAAUGGAGGAGCUCUGGUUGUAGAACUAGCUCCCCAGGGCCAGAAACUGCCCAGAUACAUGAAAAUCAUGCUUCUCCAGGGCAAGCAGUGACAUUUCUUGUCCUACUCUUAUCAUAUCUGGCAGCUGAGAUAUUUAAGAAGAACAAAAAUGAGUCUUAAAUUCUUUUGUUGACUGCCUGCAAACUAUUUAGUGUUUUCUGCCUUAAAUCCAUAACUUCUGGUUGAGCUACAGUGUGCUUUACAGUCUGGCUACCAAAGUUAUAAGCAACUGGCAGACCCAACAGCUUGCUAGGUAAGUUGUUUCAAACAAAAUAGUUUUUUUUUGUUGUUUGUUUGCUUUUUUAAAUUGAAUUUGCCAUAAUUGGAAUUUCCAAUAAUUUAGUCUGAGUGUCUUUUUCUAACAGGUGAAGCAACUAAUUACUCUCAGAAGACUUUUCCUUGUGGAGAUCUGUGCUCAUAGUGAUUAAGGGGCUGUUGGGUAUUGAAGAUGGAAGAAACAAGGAAGCUCUCUCCAAAGCCAUGUAAAAGCAAGGAACCUGUGAAAACAGAAUGGGGGUCUCAGAGUGUUGUAUUUACCUAUUUCCAAGGGGAUAUUAACAGCGUGGUAGAUGAACAUUUUUCUAGAGCUCUGAGCAAUGCCAAGAACCCACAGAACCUGAGAACAAAGCACAAGGAUGAGGCUGUUGUCCUGAAGAAUGUAGACAGCACGUCUCCCCAGCAGUGGAAUUUCUCUUCACAUUGCUCCAAACUGUACCCGUCGUCUUCUACAGCAAGCAUGUCACAUCCUGCUCUGAAUUUUUCUGCUGCUGGGGUGGCAGGCCAGUACCAGCCAUCAGCUCUGCGGGGUCAUCCAACCCAGCCUCCAGAUUUAUGGCCCUUCCCUUCCAUUGGGACUCCCAGUCUCACCAGUUCAGUGUAUCCUCAUGCCUUGCCUGACCUGCACGUGGCCAAUGAGCCCACCUCUGACAGGAAAUACGGUUCCCUGCUUGAUCUUCUGCAACAGGAAAGGUGCCUGACAUCCACGCAGGAUUGUACCAUGAAGCAACACUCCAGUUCUGCUUGUAUGACUGGACCUGUUAGGUUACAAAAUACAAGUCAAAGUUCACCUCCUGGGGGAGAGAGGAAAGCAAACUCUUACCAAGGCUCAGAAAACCCCAGUGUAAGCCAUGCCACUGCAGGUAUUCAGAUUCAUGACAGAAGACAAGAUUUGUACUUCUAGCAACUGGAUGUUUCUACUUUAUUCUGAAAGAGGAAGUUCUUGCUGUGAAUUUUUAUUAUGUGCAACUGUGAACCAAGAAGAAGUGAACUGCAGCUAUUCUGGGCUUUUUCUCUCAGUUGGAAGGAUACACAUACUAUUUGGGGAAUGAAAAAUCAUCAUCUUCUAUUCAGUAAAUAACUUCUAAUAGCUGUGGUAUUAAACCUGACAGUAUGUUUGCUGUGAAGAAAUAUUGUCUACUUAAGGCUUUUCAUGUAGCCCUCUCCAAAAGGACUCUUGGCACUUUUAAAUCUUUUGAUAGGAAAAACAAUUCUUGUCAAUGCAGUUAAAAACUGAUAACUGCAGGGGUGCAGUGAGCAUAAAUUCAGUGCUGCAGCUUCUUAUCUUGAUUUGACAUCUCCAAAUUGUUUAGAAUAAUCUUAGGCCAUGGGCAAGAGACUUCAAGACAAUGACAGGUCAGCAAAGCAUAUUAUCAUAUUUAUGUUUUAAAGUAAUUUGUAACUGUACUUGCAAUUCACGGGAACAUUCUUCAGAAACCAUGUAAUAUGUAUAAGCCCAAAGGUUCUGGUUUGCCCUUUCCUAACGUAUAAUCAUUCUCUACAAAACAGUGAAUUAACACACGGUCUGGGAGGAACUUUGGGUCUUCACCAGAUGGAAUUAAAAUACCCCUGAGCAAAAAGCUGGAGGUGGGAAUGCUCUGUUUUUCCAGGCUCUCUGCAAGUGUAAAGGAUUGUUUUUCUAAACAAAUUCUGUGUGAUUGAACUUGAAAGGAGUGAGAUUGAAGGGUCCACCAGAACAAGCAAGAAUUCCCUCUAUUCCCAGUGACUGCAUCCCACUGACCUCCAGGCUGAACCAGGAGGGUGGUCUCAAGGCUUCUCUGUGGAACAGAAGUGGCAGCCAUGAACUGUGCAGCCAUCCUGCACGUUCAGAUCCCCACCUUGCUUCACCACUCGCCCUUGGCAAACAUGUUUGCUGAAGUUCCUGUGAGUAAAACCUCAUGUGACUGAUGUUUAGGUUUGUGUGUCAUCCCUGCAGUAAGAGAGACUUCCAAGCCUUUAUUGUAAAUCCUAAGGAUAAAAAAGAUUUGGUUUACUUUUUCCUUCUUCA